CACCAGCUCUUCGUGCUUUAGAAAGAACGCGAUGAAUAUUUGUCCGGCACUCCUAAAGGAAUCUGCCGAUCGAAUGUUUUAUUUUUCUGAAAACUAGCGUCUAUGCUGUUCUCAUAGAUUUUCUUUCAAUUCCAUCAUAGCGUGAGUGAAAGUAAGUGAAAACUAUUUCGUCGAACUGGAGCAAGUAAAUCAUUUUCCUCGUACCUUGAGGGUAUGAGAGGUUCUUUUAUCGUUUGCUUCACCAAAGGAAGACAAAAGUGGCUUUAUCAGAGGUAAGUCUUUGUAACAAUGGCUUCUUUCCGGUUCUUAUGUCUGAGAAAAAUUAGAAAAUUUUAGGUUAAUAGAACUUUGAAAUUGCGGUUGUGGUACAACUUUUGAAGUUCUCACGUGGGCGAGUCAGUGGCGAGUUCCCCGCGGCGAUAUAGAACUGAGUAGCGACAGGAAAUUUGCAUCAUAUUUUACCAUCCUCAAAAAUGUACUGCCGAAAGAAAUUUCAAGGAGAAUCUAGUGCUCGUAAGCUCUCCAUGAAGGCCAUCGACUGAAAAACAACUUUGAAAGGUGCUAAUCCUAAUCUUAUUUCAAAAAAAAACAACGACCGCAAUGUUUUUUUAAGCUUUUUGAUUACAUUCACGCGUUUUUUCCUGUUAAUAUUUAAAGUUCCCUAUUUUAGGGUACAAGGGUAUUAAGUGUUGUUUCGAUUUAUUCAGUUAUCGUACCGUUUUAUUUUUCAGAGCUAUUCAGACGACUACGUCACUGCGAAACUAAAAAGUGAAUCUAAUACAGCCCGCCUCCGGAAACAGAUCAAUUUUCAAGACAACAUUUUAUUGUGUGAACCCAACACAUUGAUCGAAUAGUCGUGAGAAACGGCGAGGGUGGACGCGCAGAUAAACUGAGAAGCGCAACAGAUCAUCUGCCGCUAUUAAAGUUUUUGAGGUACUGAAGAUUAUUGGUGACCAUCUGCCAGAUUUAUAAAUAGGCAAGAAGCCUCGAUGUCUAGAAAUUAUUCCAGCAAAACGUUAGAUUCGUAGAAUUAUCGCACAUCCAGAACUAUCGCGCACAAUGAUUGGCUGUUUACUAACAUCACGUGGUAAGAGUCGUCGUCGAACACGGAAAUUGCAGUCGAGCGAAUGGAUCAAAAUGGCCGGAGUACCUCCAAGCAGUCGAAGUUCGCGAUUUCUUUCUCGUUUGCACGAUGCCCUAACACACGCCGUAACACCACGUUUGCAAAUCGACAGAAAGACCAUCGAGAAAACAUGGAAACUGAUGGACAAAGUGGUGAAGCUAUGCCAAAAUCAACGGCUGUCGUUGAAGAACAGCCCCCCUUACAUUCUAGACAUACUCCCCGAUACUUAUCAACAUUUGAAGUUAAUUAUUUCGAAGUACGAGGAUCGUAUGCACAUCUUGAACGAUUGUGAGUAUUUUAGGAUAUACAUCGAGAACCUUAUUAAGCAGUCGAAGCUCGCCAUCAAGCUUUUUAAGGAAGGCAAGGAGAAAAUGUACGAUGAGGAUUCGACUUACAGACGAAGCUUAACAAAACUAAGCUUGGUCUUCAGCCACAUGCUUGCUGAAGUCAAAGCAAUAUUUCCUCAAGGAACUUAUAUAGGCGAUGGCUUCAGGAUUACAAAAUAUGAUGCAGCUGAAUUCUGGAGAAAGUCGUUCGGUGUUGGGUAAGGAAAUUUAUGUUAAUUUUUUGUUGAUGAUAUUGUUAUUGUUCGUCGAGAAUAGAUCACUGGAUGGAUUUGCUGUGUUUCAGUGUGUAACUCAUAAAAACUCCUCGUUUCAGAAUUAUUGAGGUUUUUUCGCAGGUGGUCCUGGCCCGGCCUUAUCAGUUUGAAGCUUUUUUAUUCGUUCAAUUGCGCUUUAGUCUUCAACGCAUUUAGAACUUGUCAAAACGGAAAACGAUAAAGGAUUAAUUUUCUAAUUUGCGUGGCUCGCUUGACGUGAAAAGUCAGGUUAAGUAAGCUUAACAAGUCUUUUGUUUGAAAAUAUUUCCAUUGAAAUGAAACACAAUCGGCAGGGCAAUUUUCCUUUUGUAUUAAAUGCAGGUGAUAUAAAAUCUUCUCCACCUACGGGCCUUCUUGUAACUGUAGUUUUUCGUACACUAUUAAAGCUUAAUUUUAAAACCUCUUAUAUGCUGCAGUUGCCAAGGCUUGCACAAAAAAAUGAGCAUUUAUUUGACCCCAAGUCUGCCUUAUUUUAAUGAUGCAUGAAUUUAAAAAGAGCAUUCACUUUUGAGGUUAUAAUUUCCAAGGAAGGUGUUCACAGUAUGGAUAAUGUGUUUUACAGUUUGACGUUGUAAACAUAAGCUAUUAUCUUCGUUGUUUAAUAUGUUAUUGGUCGCCACAUAUAUAUUACUUGUCAUACAUGCAAAUACAUUUAAUAGCAACAAAAAUUGUUUCACUGCAAAUUAAUUCUAAAAGGCAUAUUAUAUUUGGAAGUUUCAUCUGAACAUCUUUUGUUCAAAAUAGCAAGCAACAUAAAAUUAAUAGCAUCAUCAAUCCUUACCAUGUGAAAGAAGCUGUGUGUGUAUAGUCAAGUAAAUUCAGGCUCAAAAUAAUGUUAUAAAGCAACCAUUUUCAAGCUGGCUUAACUGCAGUUGGCUGCUUAUUAAUAUGAUCUUCUUUGAAAAAUCCAACUCAGUGCUAUUUAUUGGCUAUUUAAAUGAUAAUUAAGUGCAUGUCAGUGUGUGAUUCGUUGAAUUUAGUCUUGACCUUAAAACAAUUUUAUUAGAAGGUCCUGGAACCAAAAAUGAAUGAUUAGUUUUGUUCACUGUUUGCCUCCUUGCUGUGGAACUUGCACUUUCGAAUUGGAAAGCACCGACUGUUGUGUCAUAGAUAAGUUGCAAAUCAGAUAUUCGAGAUUUUUUCUUUAGUGAAACAUGUUUUGCAAGUAGAAGCUUUUUUUACAGGUCAAACGUAUUUGAAAGGAAAAGUGAAAGAGGGAGAAGGGUGUGUAUGUUACAGAUCAAAGUUAUAUUCAGAUUUAAUUUUUUUUACCGAAGUUGAUUCUCAAUUUCCUUUGUUUCCCAGCAAAGGAAAUUGUAAGGAGAAGAUUGAUGUUGGUCACUCUUAAUAAUAAAUUUAUUUCUUCUACCCUUUAGUAAAACAACUGUAUCAUGGAAGCAGUUCCGUCAGACUCUCCAAACAGUACAUCAUAUAAGCUCUGGUUUGGAGGCAAUGGCCUUGAAAUCAACAAUAGAUUUGACCUGUAAUGACCACAUAUCCAUUUUCGAGUAUGACGUCUUCACAAGAUUAUUUCAACCAUGGUCACAUCUUCUUCAGAACUGGAAUCUUCUGGCUGUAACACAUCCUGGUUAUUGCGCAUUCAUGACGUAUGAUGAAGUGAAGGCUCGCCUUUGUAAACAUCUAGACAAGCCUGGAAGGUUGGUUGUUGAUUUGUGAUAUAUUUGAUAUAACAGUAUCAAGUUUAUACUUAAUAAAUAUAUUGUAGUUAAUUCUUAUUUUUAUAUUGUUUUUUGGGUCUGGUAAUGUUUGCUAAUGAAUAUGAAACAAAGGAAAAAUAAAAAAUACCUGAAAUAAAAAAUUAACUGCAACAUAUGUAGGUACAUGCAAUGGAUAGCAGACGUUUUAAUAAAUUUUUUAGUUGAUGUCAGAGCAGGUGGACUUAAAUUACCCAGUUACUUAACUUUUCAGACGAAGAGAUAAAAUUUGCAUAUUUAAGACUUCCUUUGAGCUAUCAAUGACAAUUAAUGACAUUAAUAACAACUCAAUGGUACCAGUUUUUCAGACAGUAAUGUUUACUUUGUGGUCAUAGGUAAUGGAUAAACACUUUACAUAAAUGUAGGUGGAAAAAAGAGUGUAAAGAUGAAGAGGAGGAAGAGGAAAAAAGUGGAAGUGAAAAAAUAAGAACUUAUCAGACAUUAAUGACAGCAAAAUAACUGCAUGUGGCUGUGCGUGAUAUGAAGAAUUAUGCAGACCAACAAGGGUGUUUGCCAAGGUGCAUAACAUCCUCUAAGAUCUGCAUAUUGGUAUUUCUUUAUUUCAUACAAAAGCUGAAAGGAUGUGGGAGUUAAUAACAGUCCUUCCAAAUAUCUUGAAAAGCAUCUUUUGAAAAUGUGUUGAGGGGUUAACAGGGCUGUGCUCUAGCAGAGCCCGGUCGCCCCUGGCGCCUAACUUUUGCCCUCGGGCGACUAGAAAAUCUCAGAUUUUUCAUACAAAUCAUAUGCUGGGCACCCUAGAUUUUACAGUUUCAGAGCACUGUGCUCCCUUCAAUUUUCCUUAGAGCACAGCCUUGGGUUAACCCUCUGGCCCUAGUUGUUCAAAUGCUGGAUGGUGCUAUUCACCAGAUAAAUUACUGUCCAGCUGAGGAUAGGUAUUAGGAAAACCCAUUACGUUAUCCACCGGAUAGGGGUUUAUCCAGUGGAUAGCAUUUUCCACCUUUUUAACUUUUCCACCUUUGUAGCUUUUCUGAUGUUCAACAUGAAAUAUGGUUUAUUGCAGCUAUAUCUUCAGAUUAAGUUGUACAAGACUUGGCCAGUGGGCCAUAGGAUAUGUGACGCCGGAACACAGUAUUCUACAGACUAUUCCUCAGAACAAGUCACUGUGCCAGGCGCUCAUAGACGGUGCCAGAGAAGGAUAGUAAGUCUCCUUCCUCUAAUCCCUUUUACUUCCGCACGUGGCUUAAAUCGAUUUUAAAAAAUUUCAUUUUUGAAAAUGAAGAAGAACAGGAAGUACUUUUAGGGGUGUUUCAUUUCAUAUAUCUAAAAUAAUAUUUACGUUGUUUAACCCAGACAGGAUUAGCUCAGUUGGUAGAAUGCUUGACCUGCAGAGCAGGAAGUUGUGGGUUCAAUUCCUAGGGCUGAUCCACUACUCAGGGUCUUAAAAUAACUGAGAAAUGAAGGCACUGCCUUCGCGUAGCUAGGAUGACCAGUGAUGUAAAAUGGUGGUCCCAUCCCCUGUAGGAGAUGGAAAUAUAGUGUGCCCUGCCCUCAGUUAGUACUUUUGUGCUAAAUAUUAUUUUUGAUUGACGCUCAAAUAAACUGCAUUUUUCUAGUUAUCUGUAUCCUGAUGGUUUACCAGACAACCCUGAUGUUAGCCACCACUUGAUAACCCCGCCCGAUGAACAUAUCACUGUCACCGAGGAGCAGUAUGAGCUGUACUGCGAGAUGGGCUCCACAUUUCAACUCUGCAAAAUCUGCGCUGAAAACAACAAAGAUGUACGUCUGGAGCCGUGUGGUCACUUGAUGUGCCACCUCUGUUUGGAGCAGUGGCAAGAGACUGGCGGGGAGGGAUGUCCGUUUUGCCGUUCUGAGAUCAAAGACAUGCAAACCAUUGUUGUUGACCCUUUUGUUCCCCAUCGUGAACAGCCAUCAAGUACAAGUAUGCCAGCUGAGAUCCAAGAGAAUCAGGUUGAAUUUGAUGAGGAGGAAAUAAUGGAGGUCAGGAUAGUGUAACAAAAGUCUCCAUUUUCAGAACAGUGAUCAAAGAAUACUUGGAUAAGAAAGUAUUGAUUGAUGAUUGACUUGAUUGCAGAGUUAAUUACCUUGUCAUAAGUAGGUAGGGUAUGAUCAUUGGGUUUAACGUGGUCCUGAAUAGGACUGUUGUUGAAGGUGACUGAUGUUUCAACGCCUGUCCGGUAGUCAUCUUCAGAGUCAGUGUGAGUUGUAUCAUGUUAGUUGAUGGUAUUAAAUGCUGGUUAUUGAUUUGAUUAGUCUAUUAUUUCAUGAUGUUAUUGGCCAUCUGUGAAAAACAAUGUUAUCAUCUUACUACAUCUACCACAAUAUUGUUUAUGGUCUUCCCUUUAAUAAAAGGUUUUUCCAAUCCCAGCAAUUUUUAAGCAACAAUAACCCUGAACUAAGCACUAAAUUGAAUUAAUUCAUGUUUUUAAAUUUACCAUCAAUUGCAUCUAAGCGUGGACACCAGACAAAAAAAACAUGUUCUAAUAGGUUGCCAGACAUGACGUGUUUUGCCGCCAAACAUUUGAAGUUUGAGAGCCGUUAAAGCAAACUGUUGUGGUAAAAGUUACGUUGUUUGCAUGUUUUUGAUCAGGGCGUUCCUCUCAUCUUUUAUUUUUCUCAAUUUUCAGUCAUAUUUCCCGCUCAGAAACAGCACACUGUCUUUUAAGAGUAAUUAUUAUUCUCUGGAGUCUUACAACUCCAGAAAUUCUUCUAAACGUUUUGCGAUGAAUAUUUUGUUGAGCGAAAACAAAUCAAGUCGAAAAACAGCAACCUACUUUACACAUGAACUUUCGUCUAACGCCACCCCAAACUUCAAUGAUUUAGCGGCAAAACAUGUCAUGUUUUCACUCAAUUAGAACAUGUUUUUUUGUCACGUGUACAUGCUUAGAUGCAACCGAUGGUAUGUCAAUUUGGUUAUUACCAAUGAUAAUACUGUAUUUUGUUUUUCUUCUCAGGAUCCAAGUCAGUGGAUAACACUGCAGUCUCAUCAAGAAAGUAAUGACCUGAACAGACAUUCGGAGGAUGCUCCUCCACCCCUACCUCAAAGACGAAACCAACUGCUCAAUGUACAGUCACCAACUUCGCCCACUCUUAUAGUAACACACGCUUCGCCAUUUAGUUCUCCGAGAAGCUCAUCAAGGUCCUCUCCACACAGUUCUCCAUGGAACUCACCAAGAACCUCUCCUAGGAAUUCUCCAAGAAGUUCGCCGCUGGCAUCUCCAAAUGUUUCACCUCAUUCGUCACCCCAGGCAUCUCCUUGUAACUCACCCCAAAAUUCACCUGCACAGAUUCGUAAAGGAAGACCUCCACCACCACCAAUUGACAAUGAGAAUGACAGCCCUCCUGCUAUACCAGAGAGGAGUUAUAAAAGCAGGGGGAGUGUGGAAAAAAAGGAUAAAAACAGAGAUGUCAAUCGUGAAAGAGGGGACAACCGUAGGGAUACGAUUGGAUACGCAGAUAUUGAUACUUCAAAUGUGCCUAGUGAUUCACAUAAUCAAAUUUCCCAUCAGAAUAGAACAAAUUAUGCACAGCUAGCCUAUCCUGCUCCCGACAAUGACUUGGGUGCUAGCAAUGUUGAAAGAAGCACCGCAAAUGGAAACAUGUUUGCUGAAAUUUGUACCAAUGAUGAAGCAGCCUGCUAUGAUUUUCCGCUCCCAAUUUUGUCAGACAAAGGAGAUAAUACACCCUUUAAGCAGAAUGGCUUGUCUAAUAGCGCUGGCAGCUUGGAACCUGUGGCUGACCCCUUUGCCGAUGAUCCAUUUGCACAGUGUGGUGAGUCCAAAGACAAGGAGUUUGAAAAUGACUUUUUAAAGGGUCCUUUAGUUGUGGCGCUUCCUCCGCCGCGUUCACAAAGCUUUGACACUUGGGAGCCACGCGGAACCAAUGAUAAAGGUAAACGCCCAUCGUCUUCUAGAACCUUUACUAAGGCAAGGUCAACAGAUGACGUACUUGAUGAUCCUACCUAUUCAAAUGUAAAAACCGCUGCUAAUAAACGUGGAAAAAACAGGAAUUCUGCAGCUGUAUUUAACCCCCCAAACACUUUUCGUCCUUCACUUGUCUCACGGAAUAGCUGGUCUGGUGCAGAAGCCAAAAGCUUCAGUAACCCUACAUAUACUGCUGAGAAUUUUGACCCAAGUAAGUUAGAAGCCAACGAGGAUGCCAGGCACCGCAGAUUUCCCAGACUUCCGGAUGACAACUCGAACAAUGAUGCAAUGCAGUUUUAUGAAGAGGAUUUUACCAUCCUUCAAGCCCAAGGUUAUUCUCGCGAGGAAAUCACCAGGGCUCUUAUUGUGGCUGAGAACAACUUUGCUAUGGCCAGAAAGAUACUUCGUGAAUUCUCUCAAGGGACCAGGAAGUUAUGA